AUGUCGUCCCCUACCGGUGGAAGUGAGAUGACCGUCGCGUCCGGUAAUGUCGAUACCGAGUGUGAAUCGGUGAACGUGCUGCUCGAGGAUUACUUCAAGUCCGCACGUAUUUUGAAGGACGAGACUAAGUUCAGCAUCACGAUUGCGAACUCGGGUGAAAAGUACGUCGAGUUGGUCGAAGACGUUAUAUUAAAUCCAGCAGAAGAAGGACAAUUCGGAGUUCUGAAACGUGAGUUGAUUAAGAGGCUCGCCGAGUCGGAUAGUUCGCGGGUGCGCAAACUGAUGGAGAGCGAAAAGAUGAGAGAUCGCACGCCAUCGCAGUUCUUCAGAGAUUUGAAGAAGCUGGCCACCCAAUUGACACCCGACGAUUUUAUCGUGACGCUAUGGAAGAACCGGCUGCCGGCCAACACGCAGCGAGUUCUGGUCGUCAUGACGAAAUCUAGCAUCACCGCACUGACGGAGAUGGCGGAUAGGAUCCAUGAAAUCCAACCGGAAAAUGGACACAUCGCUGCCGUGACCGAGAAAUCGGAACUAAGUGCGGUGGCAAGCCAAGUGGAUGCCCUGAUCAACAAUCUACGUCGGUCACAUUCGCCUUCAGGUCAACAACGCAGUCAAAGGCAAGGAACCCCUAUGCGCAGGACGACGCACAGUGGUCCAGAACGCCGAUUUAGCAAUUCAGAAGUUUAA